AUGGGAGCUUGUGUUUCGAGGCCGAAGGGCUGCACUUUUGGGUUUUCAAAGAAGAAGAAGAAUGGCCGCCAAAGAAGAAUUAUUCGCAGGCGUGUUUCGUCUUCCGAUCGCUCGCACCCUAAGUCUACUCUUACACUCCAAGGAAGUAUGGAUGCGCCGUGGUUUGAUGCAAACUCGGUGAUUGAGUCCGAGCGAGAUGACGAGUUUUAUAGUGUUCAUGAUGACGUGGUGUCUCUAAAUGGGUCAGAAAGUGCAUCCACUUUGAGCAUUUCAUCGCCAAAAGGUCACAAUUUUUCUCGCCAGAGAACAAGGGAACCGCAACCACCAUUGCAUUCGACCUCUGCUGUGUCGGCAGAUGAAGUUGUGGAUGAGAGUGUUGGAGUGGACAAAAUGCAAGCGUUGGAGCAUUGUGGGAUUCUUCAAAAUGCUUGCUUGCCUUGUCUGGCUAGCCCCUCAGGUGACAAGAGAAUAAACCCAGCCACACCAAGUUUGAGGAGGAAAGUUCUUUCCUUUAAAUGGAGGGAAGGGCAUUCUGCUGCAGCUACAGCAGCUGAUCCUACACCCACAUUAUUAUCACCAAAGGCAUUUGUGAAAAGACCACUUGCAGGUUCUACAAUUCCAUACUGCCCCAUUGAGAAGAGUAUGCCAGAUUGUUGGUCACCUCUUGAGCCAAACACAUUCAAAGUCAGGGGGAAAAAUUAUCUUAGAGAUAAAAAGAAAGAGCCUGCUCCAAAUUGCGCUGCAUUUUAUCCUUUUGCCGCUGAUAUUUUCUUAUCUCAGAGGAAGAUUGAUCAUAUUGCUCGUUUUGUGGAACUUCCUGUUGUGAAUUCAGUUGAAGAUGUCCCUUCUAUUCUUGUUGUAAAUGUUCAGAUACCACUUUAUCCAGCCAAUUUUUUUCAAGGCGAAAGUGAUGGAGAAGGAAUGAAUUUAGUUAUGUACUAUAAGAUUUCUGAAAGUUUUUCAAAAGAGCUUCCACCUCAUUUUCGAGAAAGUAUCAGUAGAUUAAUCAAUGAUGAAGUGGAGAGAGUUAGAGGAUUCCCUGUUGAUACAAUUGCACCCUUCAGGGAAAGAUUGAAAAUCUUGGGCCGAGUGGCAAAUUUGGAGGAUCUUCAUUUAAGCACAGCUGAGAAGAAGCUAAUGAAUGCUUACAAUGAAAAACCUGUUCUUUCACGUCCUCAACAUGAAUUUUAUUUGGGAGAAAACUACUUCGAGAUUGAUUUGGAUAUGCACAGAUUCAGCUACAUCUCUAGAAAAGGCAUUGAAGCAUUCCACGAGAGAAUGAAGCUAUGCAUAUUGGAUUUUGGUCUCACAAUUCAGGGGAACAAGGCAGAAGACUUGCCAGAGCAUUUAUUAUGCUGUAUACGGUGGAAUAAAGUCGACUACAAUAAUAAAUCAUCAUCUGGGGUUUUGAGUCAAAAGUCUCUGUAA